CUGUGAGGUGGAAGGUUGCGUGGCGUUCGUGCAGUGACAACACAAGCGGGUAACAACUCGGGUAGGCGCCGUCUCGAGAACUCAAUCAUACCUUAUCGUCGUGUUCAGUUCCAAGUUAACGACUCGUACUGAUCGACUGAAAGGAAUUACAACUUAACGGACGCGUGGGCGGUGGUCGCCACGAUGAGCAGCUGCGCGGAGGCGGCGGAGGGCGCCGUCGAUGGCUGGACUGACGAAGCCCUGGAGAAAAUCCGGGAUGAGGAGCAGCUCAAAAACAUGUCGUUAGACAACCGAUCUAAGAAGAGCGCUCCAGAGAAGGGUUUUCGCUCGCGGCAGAUUCAGGAAAAGCUUAACUCCGAGUCAGACUCAGAAUCUCUGGUCAGCCUGAGCAAGUCUGGUUACUCAGUGCAGAACAAUGCUGUGUCAUCCGAUGCUUCUUAUGCGUCAAUUAAAAACAAGGAAACACGUGAUUCUAUUUCGCCUCAGCCGUUCAAGACGCAACCUGACGCGGCGAUAGACGCUGACGAAGAGCGAGCCUUGGCCGCGGAGACGGAGAAUGUGAUCAAGGCGCUGCAGAAGGCAGGCAAGACGGUCAAGGUGGUCAAGUCCGAAAUCCCUGUUCGUAGGGAGGUCAGGUCCCGAGGUGAUUCACAAAGUCCAAGUCCAAAGAAGGGUUCACCCAUUCUUCCUAAGGCAUCAAAGAAACCCGCGUCGAAUGUCGACCCUGCGCACAGCCAAGAGUUUGAUCAGCUGAGUUCUUAUUUGAAGUGCGAUUCCGAACGCAACCGCAUCGUCAUCGAAGAGGAUCAAGAAGAAAUGAUCGAUGAGUUCGGCAACAAGGUGCAGAUGUUCGUGAAGACUACCAAGGACAAAGACGGUAAGGAGUUCAUCACUCGUCGGACGGCGCAGACCACAAAAAUUGUCGACAACAUCGAUGAUAUUGAUGAAAUCCUGAUCGGCAAUCCGGACCACGAGGUGCUGGAGCGAGACGUCAGCGAGGAGGUCGGUAAAGAUGGCAGCAACAUCAAAGUAAUCACGGAAACGCGUCGUCGGCCUGACGGUGUUGAGUAUACCACUAAAAACGUCCUUAAAACCUCCAAAAUCUUUGACUAUGAUCACCCUGAAGACGUGCAUCAGUGCGAGAGCGACUUCCUCGUGUCACAGUCGGAAAGUCAGGAGACCGACGAACAUGGCGUAACAAUUCGCACGGUCACUGAGACGAGAAGAAAGCGCGAUGGUACCGAAUACGUGACCAAGAAAGUCUACAAAACAUCUGGGAUGUCGUCACGCAUCACACCGUCAGAUGAUGACGAGGUCAUUGACACCAAGGAGACCGAAGAGAAGGAUGACGAAGGCAACGUGACGAGGGUGGUCAUUGAGACUCGACGAACGGCGUCCGGAGAAGAGUACACUCACCGUCAGGUGUUCAAGUGCCGGAGGAUGACACUCACUGGAGUCGAGCUGCAGAAAGGCAUGCCUAUGAUGGACAACGAUGAUGAGGUGCUCAGCAAGAAAGAGAAGAAAGAAAAGGAUGAAAAUGGCGCUGAAAUUACCGUCGUAACCGAGACCAGGCGUCGGAAAGACGGCACUAAGUACACCUUCGACUACAUCCUGCGCAACUUCAAGGGCUCCAAGGACCGAGUGAAGGCCAUGCCUGCGCGUGCUGCCGGCGCUUCCAACAUCAAGGUGAGCGAGGACGACGAACUUCUGAAGGAGGAGGUGAAGGAGGAGGAGCAGGAGGACGGUACCAUCGUCAAGACGAUCAUCGAGCGGCGACGUGCCAGGGACGGCACCGAGUAUCUUCGUCACCGCAUCAUGCGCAUACCCAAGAUCACUGAGCCUGAGCUCACCGUGGGCACGGCCGACGACGAGGUCCUGCAAAACGACGUCGAGGAACGCGAAUUCAACGGCACACGCAUAAGGUCCGUGACGGAACGCCGCCGUAGCAGCCUCACAGGGCUGCAGUACACCCUCAGAAGGAUGUCCAAGACCUAUCAGAAGACCCGACGUCCUUCCACGGUACCCGGGGAUGAGGUCAUCAAUGAACACGUCACUGAAGAGGAAGCUGAUGAUGGUACGAUCAUCAAGACGGUGAUUAGGAGAUACCAACGCAAAAACGGGACAAUAUACACGACCCACAACGUCAAUAAGUCCUUCUCUGCCCCGACCGUCGUCACCACCGAGGACGACAACGAUGGCGAACUCAUCGACCAAACUAUGGACCAAAAGGAAACCGACGAUGGAUUCAUCAUUAAAACUGUUACAGAAACUUACCAGAGAGCCGAUGGACUGCAAUACACAAUCGAACGCUCCGAAAAGUCUGAUAAGAACAGUGCUUCGGUGCUGUACACAAAAGAUUAUCCUAAUCAGCCUGUCGAACUCAUUGUUCCAAACAAAGAUGACGUUAUCCUGAGCCAGGAGUUCGAAGAGCAGCCUGAUGACGAAGGCCAAAUCACCAAAACGUGCACAGAAGAGCGCAUGCGCACCAACGGCAGCAAGUACGUCACUAAGACCACGAUGACCAUCAAGCCCGUGCUGGUGCCGGAGCAUGAGACGAGCUACGUUAUCAUCAAGCCUGACGACGGCAUCGAAGACUCGGAGCUUCUUCCCUCAAUGGACGACGAACUCGUGUACACGCGGAAGCGUCAGGAGAUAGACGAUGAUGGAAGCACCAUCGAUGUCGUUAUUGAGACACGUAAGAGCAGAACCACCGGAGAAAUGUACAACGUAACUAAGCGUAUCUUCUCCACCGAUGUUCUCGUCACCGAGAAAGGAGAGAAAGUUCUUAAACGUAAAACGUUGCCAGCUAAAACUACCCCGGAUAAUCGUAGGAGCUCUCCCGACAAGCUCACCCUUACAGGCACCGUGUCGUCUAUGAAGGAUAAACUGGCCUCCCGAGGGUCCAAAACCCAGCAGCCUAAGGAAAAAGAGAAGCCGCGUUUGAUCCGUGUCAACACCGCCGACCGUAGAAAACUUUUCGAAAAUGUCCCGGAUAAAUCAGUGACUCAGCAGCCGGAUUCUCGUGACACGAAUGUUCGUCCUUCUGAUUCCCCUCGAGCCAAGCCUACCAGUCCAUUGAAACCAAGUGAACGGCCAGCAAGCAGAACCAAGCCUGAAGAGCCGAAGAAACCCGCGGUAGAGAAGAAAUCUCCCACCACGAAGAAAUCUCCUACUGAUUCUACUCCUGCUGCCCAAAAGAAGCUUCAGUUAUCGACUAGAUCUGGUUCUAGGGAUUCUAUUGAUACCAACGGACGACCCGUGGCAAAAACAACGAAGUCAUCCACUACUCGUCCCUCUCCACGAGCAUCUCGAGACACUUCCCCUGCAGGAGGGAGGUCGUGCUGCAACAGAGUCCAUUCCAGUGCAAAGCCCAAGGAGGAGGCCUCGAGUCCAGCCAAACGCCCGAUUGCCAGGUCCCCUCCCAAAGACAAAGAUGCUCCCCAGGUAAACUCGGACGUCCACGGCCGACGCGGUGGUGCGAAAGAUUCAGCACGCCCGAGGCCAUCGAACAUUUUCGACACGCCUAAACGUACCUCGCCUUCCAAGAGUUCACCCGAAAGAUCUGAGAAGAAUCCAGAAGUCCUUCUUCAAAAAGAACCCAUUGUUUCCUUGCCACAAACUCCACUGGUUGAGGAGGUGAAACUCUACCCAGCGGUAGCACCUAAGGAAGGCGAGCCCAUAAUUGAAGACGUCACGGAAGACCCCGACCUUCCUAAUCAUCAAAUUCACCGCCCGUCCAUUGUCCGUGAACCCUCUGAGUAUCUCGGCUCUGAAACUCUGAACAAAGUUCCUACAAUGGACACAGAUAUUGAAGAUACGAAGAAAAAAGCCAAGCCGUACUCUAGAAAAAACAGCACCAACAUCAUGGGUCGGAAGUCACCAUCGCCCGCUCGCGAGACUGUGUCCAAAGAACUUUCAAAACCCGACAAGCCCUCGAGGGAAAAUUCUCAGCCCAAAAAUCCCGUUGAUUCGCGCCGUCCUUUGUUCGAGCGUAGCUCGCCCGACCGCGUAGAGCCCAAGCUUACGUCUCGCUCUCGCCCUGACACCGAAGCUCCCAAAUCGACACCUGAUUACGAUGGAGCCGAACCCGUCAACGAGCCUCUGAUAGUCCCCAGGUAUUUCCACCCCCUGGGCGCCACGGAAGACGUUGCUGAGAGGAAGCAGAUGUCACCGAGCGCCGCGUGCGAUAUGACAGCGCCUAAACUCGUCAUGCGCCUCACGUCCGUGGACCGUGACCAACCUCAUGUCAAACCAGCGCCUUCUGAGCCAACCUCACGUCCUGACCAUGACAGCGUGGACGCCUCACCGUCCAAGUUCGUGACGGGCCGCCCCAUCGACCAGGGCGCCAACGCCACCAAGUUGAAGAAGCUCGAGAGGUCUUUGAGCGGCAAGGUGACAUACGAACAGCUCGAGGACCAGAAGGGCAACCUGCCCCCUUAUCUCGAGACCAUCGAGACCAUCUUCGAUGUCACCGUGCUCGAAAAGAUGCUGGAAGAGGCGGAGAGUUACGAAGAGCGUAGAAUCAUUCGCGGGCAAAUUCGAACUGCCAAGAAGCAGCCACGGCCAAAUGCCGCCUCUACGGUGCCCACACCUCACCACUUCACGUCCGUUCGCAAGCCCACCAGCCCUGACGGCCGCCCUACAGCCUCCCAAUCGCCGCCCAGACGUAGCAGCCCUACCAGGGACGGUAGACUGCCGUCCAAGCUGUUCCAGGAGCCUACGAAAGCAAUUCGUCGCGAUUCAAAGGACGAUUCGUCUGGGCGUCCCAGUGGGGACGCACCCACCGGGACGCGUCCAAGCCCUUUGCGCAAAACGUCAGAUCCCGAGAAGCCGUCCACGCUGUCGGCACGCCGCCCUUCCAAAGGAGAUUCUCCUACCGUAACCUCACGGGACGAGCAGAAGAAACCUCUGAAGCAGCAGCGGUCAUCAGACCGUCUCGUUAACGGCACCUCGAGACCCUCCGCCCCUCGCAAGGAGCCCUCGCAGGACGACCUCAAAGUCAACGGCACCUCGAGGCACUCCGCCCCUCGCAAGGAGCCCUCGCAGGACGACCUCAAAGUCAACGGCACCUCGAGACACUCCGCCCCUCGCAAGGAGCCCUCGCAGGACGAUCUCAAAGUCAACGGCACAUCGAGGCACUCCGCCCCUCGCAAGGAGCCGUCACAGGAUGACCUCAAAAUGAACAGGGCCAACAAGACGUCCCUGUUUACCAGGAGGGACUCCGACAAAAUUACGACCAAAACGACCGAAAUCAGCGAAACGAAAUCGACUACGAAGUACACCAGAAGAAACAGCGAGGAGAGGCGCAAGCCUCUUUUCCCGAUCCGAGAUCCAGCCGAGAAGAAAAGCACUGUGACGCGCAGGGACAGCACGGACAAGACCCUGCAGAAACGUGACUCAGAGGACUCGAAGACCACCACUUCCGUCACGACCUCCUCUCGGAACGUCACCAGAAAACUUUCGUCAGACCGAACGCGAACGACCGGUAGACCCGAUAACUCAGCCAUCUACUCGGAACCUUUAAGGCACCAGAAAACCCCUGCCGCUCAACGGCCCGCCUUGAAACAGACCGACGUCGAGAAAAUCGUGAGUCCUUACGGUGUUGGUCCCACGGAUGAGAACGGCAUGCCGCUCAUCGGCCUACGGGCGCUCAAGAAGAGGAACAACCAACAGCUGCCGCAGCCGUCCGAGCCUCAGGCAGCUGAGGAGCCUCAGCCCAAGGAUUACGAACCCACGGACUCCAACGGCAGGCCUCUGUUUGGCCUCAGCGCCCUCAGGGGUGACACCACCACCACCACCACCACCGCCACUUUUACCGCCACCACUUACACCACCACCACCACCACCGCCACUUGUAAGUUACCGCCACCACUUACACCACCACCACCACCACCGCCACUUGUAAGUUACCGCCACCACUUACACCACCACCACCACCACCGCCACUUGUUUGAUAGCGAUAGUAACGUUGUUUGUGACGUCUCGGACACGGAGGAGGAGCGCCGCGUCGCGGGGAUCCUGAAGAAGACGUCGACGGCGAGCGCCUCUGACGCCCAGUAUGCCGCCAGCAGCGUGUCGGGCACGACGGUUGACACGAGCGAGUUCAUGGAGCACCUCAGUGAAGAGCAGAUCACGACGCUGUCCGAAGAGUUCGACCGCCGCGCCGGAGACGACGGUGACCUCGCCGAGCCUAAGCGCAAGACCUCCUACUCCGAAAUCAAGCUCUCGCAGCCCGCCAAUGGUUCAAAACGUCAGACUCGAACUCCGACUGACUCUGACGUGACUCGCAUUGACUCUGACGUGACUAAUGCAAAAGUUGUUAGUUCUAAGAAACAAUCUGUUGUGACGCAAUCCAGUGUCGUGAGCCGUAAAGUAUCUGCUGUAACGGAAACCAGCACCAUAAGUCGUAAGGUAUCUGCGGUGACUGAAAAAGAAUCGCGCAGCCGAAAGACCAAGAAACCGAAAGCCAGUAAGCGGUCUGACAGCCGCUCUUCCUCUUCAUCCUCUUCUUCGAGCUCCUCGUCUAGCUCAAGCAAUGAGGAUGUCCAGAAAACAUCGAAUGUCAAAUCGUCUGCAAAAAAAAUCAAGAAUGAAAAAAAGAAAAGUGUUCGCAAGGCGAAACAGGAAGAUAUCACUCGAAUUGAAAGUUUGGAAAGUCAGAAAAACGUUUUGAAGCACCACACUCAGCAGACCAUGUCGAGUUCAGUGUCUCGGGAAGUUGUUGUAGGUAUCAAGCGCACCGAGGCUCAACAAACUAAAACGGUGUCUAGAGAUGACAGGAAGAAAAUUGAUACUCGCGCAGAAUCUGUAACUCCUGCGAGAACCACUAUACCCAAAGAUUCUUCUCCUGGUCGUUCUGUUGAGAAGAAAUUGCCGACAUCCCUGGUUGAACCACCCGUUACUCCUGAUGAGGUCGUUGCGAGGCAACCAGGAUAUGACACUGAAAAGCGUUCCCCUUCCCGACGUACCAAUUCCAGGGAGGAUGUAAAACCUGACAAAGAGCUGACCACUCCACGAGCUUAUGUCAAGUCAUCCUUGACUAAACCUGCGCCGCGUCCGACUUCUCAGAAUGUCAGUUCCACAGAGUCGACCAAAGGAUCUUCUACUGGAAGUAGAGAAUUAUUUAGCAGAAAGCCGUCAAAAUCUCCUCAGAGGAAGGAGGCCGAGACGAGAAAAUCAUCCAUGUCUCCUCAAAGGAUAGACCCAGUGACUAGAAAUUCGUCUAUGUCUCCAAAAAGGAGAGAAUUGAAUGAAAGAAAUCAAUCAACGUCCCCUCAAAGGAGAGACCAGCAGGAAAGAAACUCUUUAACAUCUUCUAGGAGGGAGCCAGAAGAAAGAAAGCCAUCACUCUCUCCUCAGAGGAAAGAAUCAGAGGGUAAAAAGCCAUCAACGUCUCCUCAAAGGAGAGAACCGGAAGAAAAGAAGCUGUCCACGUCUCCUCGGAGAAAGGAGCCGGAGGCAAGACAGCCAUCAAAGUCUCCUCUGAGGAGAGAAUCAGAAAGUAAAAAGCCAUCAACGUCUCCUCAAAGGAGAUUACCGGAGGAAAAGAAGCUAUCUACGUCUCCUCGAAGAAAGGAACCGGAGACAAGACUGCCAUCAAAGUCACCUCAUAGGAGAGAUUCAGAGGGUAAAAAGCCAUCAACGUCUCAAAUGAGAGAACCCGAUAAAAAAACGGUAUCAUCAUCUCCGACAUCAAGACCCGAUUCUCCUAAGCGAUAUCCGCGUCGGGAGACUGACUCCGCUGUGCCAACCACUUCAAGAAGUCCAGGAGUACGUGAAAAGACAACCCAACCUCGUUGCUUGCGACAUGGUCAUCCUGCAUCUCGAGAACCAAUGGUAACAGGAGGAAAAAGUCCUCCGCGAACUUCUCCAGGUCGAACGGACAGACGAGCAAGCUCACCCGACUCCCAUAUUUCGUCUUUCCAGCCGAAAUAUGGUGACGCAACAGAGCAGCCCGAGGAUAUAGAGAAGCAAACUUUAAAGAAACCUGAAGCUAAACAGUGUGUAGACGCUCUUAAUGAGCCCAAGCCUCGAGAUGCUACCGAACAGCCUGAGCCCCUGCAUGCUCCCAACCAGUCCAAGACUAAAGCCACUCCCACAGAGCACAAGCCUCGAGAUUACCCCAAGGAAACGAAGUCUCGAGGUGCUCCCAAAGAGCCUAAGCCUCAAUAUGCUCCUAAAGGGCCCAAGUCUCAAGAUACACCUAAAGAGCCCAAGUCUCGAGAUACUCAUAAAGAGCCCAAGUCUCAAGAUGCUCCCCAGGAGCCUCAGUCUCAAGAUGCUCCCAAAAAGCCUAAGCCUCUGGAUACUCUUAAAGAACCAGAGUCUCUAGAUACUCUGAAAGAGCCAAAAACUCUAGAUACUCCCAAGGAGCCCAAGUCUAAAGAUGUUCCCAAGGAGCCCAAGUCUAAAGAUGUUCCCAAGGAGCCCAAGUCUAAAGAUGUUCCCAAGGAGCCCAAGUCUCAAGAUGCUCCCAAGGAGCACAAGUCUCAAGAUGCUCCAAAGGAGCCCAAGUCUCAAGAUGCUCCAAAGGAGCCCAAGUCUCAAGAUGCUCCCAAGGAGCCCAAGUCUCAAGAUGGUCCCAAGGAGCCCAAGUCUCAAGAUGCUCCCAAGGAGCCCAAGUCUCAAGAUGCUUCCAAGGAGCCCAUGUCUCAAGAUGCUCCCAGGAAGCCCACGUCUCAAGAUGCUCCCAAAGAGCCCAAGUCUCAAGAUGCUCCAAGGAAGCCCACGUCUCAAGAUGCUCCCAAUGAGCUCAAGUCUCAAGAUGCUCGCCCUAAGGAGCCCAAGUCUCAAGAUAAUCCUAAGGAGCCCAAGUGUCAAGAGGCUCCCAAGGAGCCCAUUUCUCACGGCUCAACCAAAGAGUUUAGGCCUCGAGAUGCUGCAAAAUAUCCCGAGUCUCAAGAUGCUAUGGAACAGUCAACGUUUCAACAUGCUCCAAAGCAACCAAUUUCUUUAGAAGCUCCAAAGCAGCCUCGAGAGGCUCCAAAGCAGCCUCAAGACGCUCCAAAGCAGCCUCGAGAUGCUUCAAAGCAGCCACGAGUUGCUUCAAAGCAGCCUCAAGAUGCUCUCAAGGAGAAAAAGCCUCUACACGCCCCAAAGAAACCAGUGUCUCGUGAUGCUCCAGAAAAGCCUGAAAGGGGAGAUACUACCAAGCAGCUUCGAACUGCCACCGAGUCCUUCCUAGGAGUCCACAAAUCCAUAACUAGUUCCGUUGAAGUCGUGGAAACUUAUGAUGAGUCACAGGUCACGAAUGAAGACACAAGGACUUCAACUAAAUUGUCUAAUUCAAAAAGUCCCAUAACAAGUUCCGUCAAAACCACUGAACCGAAGCUGAAACGUGAAGAAAAGAAACAUCCUUGCACUAAAAGUCAGGCCCCGUUGUCUCCUCAGAAACGUGCUGACCACAGUCCAAAGGGUCGCAAGCUUUCCUGUCCCCGUAAACAUGACAGUGUUGAGAUCUAUAAGUCGGAGAAGGUAGCUUCUGAAAAGAUUCACAAAGAUGGCACCUACUUGGAAAAAACAGUGAAAGACAUCGAAAGAGAGUACCUUGGAGCUGAUACUUACACUAGGAACACUAAACUUGUGUGCAAGCCAUUACAAGGUAAAGAUUUUCCAAGUUCGAGACCGCAUCCGAUAGAUUCCGUCAAGCAAUCUAAUGGGCCAUCUGACUCGUUCGAUCCAAAAUUAAACAUUCCCAAACUUUCCGAGAAUACUUUCUUCCCUGGGAAUAUUUUAAGUCAUAAUGGCAACUCAGAAAGAGGCGGCCCAGAGCCGACAGGUAAACGGGAAAUGGCACCAACAGAAAACAAGAAUUCCGAGAUCAUCGCAUCGCGGAAUGAUGCAUCUUAUGAGUUUAGGUCUCAUGGUCGAACUGAUAGAGAAGAAACCAUUGAAGUACAAAAGAGCGAAAAUGUUGAGGAAACUCAAACCUUCUGGAUUACUGACGAGUAUGGCAUCCGUCGCCAAGUUACUAAGGAUCAUCAAGCUUCUUACACUGUAGACCAGUACGGUCAUCCAAAAUAUGCGAGUGAUGACACACCUUCCAAGAAAGAUGCUCCUACCGAUCCGCCGACCAAAACCACUCCCAAGGGUACGGAAAACUCCGCCGAUAAUGUCACCUAUUGGAUUACUGAUGAGUAUGGCAUACGUCGCCAAGUUACAAAGGAUCAUCAAGCAACUUACACUGUAGAUCAGUACGGACAUCCGAAGUAUGUGAGUGAUGAUACACCUUCCAAGAAAGAUGCUCCUACCGAUUCACCGACUAAACCCACUACCAAGGGUCCGGAGAAGUCCUCUGAUGCAGUCACUUAUUGGAUAACGGAUGAAUAUGGGGUGAGGAGGCAAGUGACAAGGGAUGAAAAGAAAAGUUAUACAGUGGAUAAAUUCGGUCGCCGGAAAUCUACCGAUGACAAAGUUAAGCCAUCCGAGAAAAAGCCGUCAUCGUCCACACCAAAGAAAGCAACACCUGACGAAAAAUCUACAGAAAAAGACGAUGGUACAACUUACUGGAUCACAGAUGAGUACGGAAUUCGUCGAAAAGUUACAAAAGAUUUCAAAAAUCUCGAAUAUUCUGUGGAUCAAUUUGGACAUCCGCACUAUAAGAAAAACGACGAAUCCCUGCCCCAAAAAACUUGUCAUACGCAAUAUCAGAAUGGUUCAAAGAGUCAGCCAUCUAUUUUGAAAUCAGACUCAACUGACACCAGUCGUUCCCAUGCAAAAAUCAAUGUCCUGGAUAACGACGUUAAAAAGGUUUGGGUGACAGAUUCUGACGGUGUUCGAAAAGAAGUUCUACAGGAAAAAAAGUGGGACCGGAAGCGUCAGUCAAAGUUGUCGAUACCUAGCAGCGUCAAAGUUACGUUUAAGGAAUCUGAGGACGAUGCGAAGUCAAUUUUGAGUGUAACGGAAAGCGAGAACGAGUCUAACGUUCAUAUCGACGAUAAACCCAUUGAAUCAUCGCAUUAUGAUCAAAAUGUGACGACUGGCUCGAUCCUGAGAAAAUCAGACGAAUCAAGCAAAAUCUCUAUCGAAAAAGAUUCUUCCUCAACAGUUUCAAGGAAGUCCUCGACCUAUGACUAUAAAUCAGUGAAAGAGAGCUCUGAAACGAGCAAAAAAAGCUAUAGCACUGAUUCAACUGUUGACUACGUCUAUUACCUCAUCGAUGAUCAAGGAUCUCGAAGACAGGUGUCGAAGGAUGUCUACGAAGCGUCCAUCCAAUAA